AUGGCAUCUGAAGGGCAUCUGAUAUGGAUGGUUGGGUGUGCGAAGGCUCAAAAAGCUGAAAACCAUAAGAUUAUGCAACACGAUGAUUGUUUGCUUAACACCUUGGAUUUGGAAAAGGGGCCACCCGGGUAUUUCGCCGCGUGGGUCGGCCUCCAGGCCAUGCCAGUGGCCUUGAGUCCUGCUGCAUGUCCACAAGAAAUAUUCUUCCUCAGGAUUGUGUCUUCCGUUGCCUUCAGAGAAGACUGA